AUGAAUUACCCACUGUAUCCCAUGGAUAUCAAUAGAAGCAGAGUUCCAAACAAAACCAAGAGGGGAGAGCAUCCUCAUACCAUCUUCUGCAAGAGGCAGAGGUGGUCGCCCAAACCUUUCAUCUUCAGGAGGCAGGGGAAUGGCUAUGUUGCUGGGAAGAUGUUGACAGAGAAUAAGGUGGCUCUGGCAAAGGCGACAGGUGCAACACGCUAUGCUUGGGGAGGGUAUGGAGAGAUGAAUGUUCAACCUACUGACUCUCAAAACAUCUUCUUAUUCACUUUCAAUAAUGAGGAAACAAGGGAGAGAAUCUGGAGGGACAAACCAUGGAGCUUGUCCAAUACUCUAACAGCUAUUGAAAAGUACAACGGAAGAGGAAACCCGAAAGAUAUUCUUAUGGAAAAGCUGACUAUGUGGGUGCAAAUCCAUGGCUUGCAUCAAAACCAGCAAAGCGAGCAGAAUAUGGUGUCAGUGGGCAAUGCAGUCAAAAUCGUAGGAUUUUAG